CCAUAAUAAAAUGCCCAACCCAUCGAUGGAAAUAAAAUGCCUUUCCGUUUUUACUAUUCAUUUCUUCGCAUUCUUCAAUCUAGGGCUGCACCACCACCACAUUCGUAGCCGCCGGUGGGUAAUUUCGAUACAGCUAUGGCGCCUAAGGCUGACAUGACCAAAAAGGCUGAUCCCAAAGCUCAAGCCUUGAAGACUGCCAAGGCAGUCAAGUCUGGGCCAACAUUUAAGAAGGCUAAGAAAAUCAGAACAUCGGUCACAUUCCAUCGCCCAAAGACAUUGAAGAAGGAUAGGAAUCCCAAGUAUCCUCGAAUCAGUGUGACUCCUAGGAACAAGUUGGAUCAGUAUCAAAUUCUUAAAUAUCCACUCACCACUGAGUCUGCCAUGAAGAAGAUUGAGGAUAAUAACACCCUUGUUUUUAUUGUUGAUAUUCGUGCCGACAAGAAAAAGAUUAAAGAUGCUGUCAAGAAGAUGUAUGACAUUCAAACCAAGAAAGUCAACACUCUAAUCAGACCUGAUGGAACAAAGAAGGCCUACGUUAGGUUAACCCCAGACUAUGAUGCAUUGGACGUGGCAAACAAGAUCGGAAUUAUCUAAACUUCCUAGGCAAGUAUUUGCAUUUCAGUGUCCACAAUUUUGUUUAAAUAUAUUUGAAUGAAUCUUGUUAGAAUCCAAAUCUUUCUAGCUGUUUUUCUUCUCUCUCUCUCUCUCUCUAUAUAUAUAUAUAUAUUGGUAAUUAGCUAGCAGCUAGCUCUGGUUGAUUGAGUUCAAGACACUUGUGGAGUAUGUUUGAAUUAUUCGUAUGCUUCAAACACCUUUGUCACACUUCUGAAUUCUCAUCUUCAUAACUUGGGUGUAUGGCACUCUAUCCACUCUGUUUCUUUAAAAACCAACUUAAUCAAGUUAGAUGGUUGUUAUGUGAGAAUAGUUGAGUGAAUGUAAACAAACAGGCUCCGAUGCCUACGGUUUACAAGAAAAGUAGAGGGCAAUUUGUUGAUGGUUUUGUUUA